UCGAGCAAAAUUUGUCGGAUCGUGGAUCAGCUGGUGAACACGUACGGUGGAGCUUGCUGAAGCACAGUCUAGCAGAAUUGCUCAGUUUUUCACUGAUUUCCCGCAUUCACACCAGACAUUUACCAAUUACGGCUGCAUUUUAGUGCAGAACACACUCAACUCUUCCAAAUUAUUGAGAAAAGUAUCGGCUACCACUCGUUAAAAAAGGUGAAAAUCAGCCACAUUUUUGUCGUGUCGUCCGCUCUUCUCAGCUGUAUGGGGCAAUGGCUUUGCCUGUGAACUCGAACUGUCACCAACAAGGAGUCUCUACGAUAUUGCAGAAAGUUCUCCUGAAAUUCGGCGAGAAGAUUGAAAGUCGGGACCACGAGAGGUGGCCUGAGCCCAACUACAUCAUCGAGACGGUACGGGGAAGCUCAGAUUGUCAUUCAGAUUUCAACAUGAUGGAUCAUGAUGCAUACGGUGAAAACGAGAUUGACGACAUCAGAGAAGUUAAGAUGAGCCAAUACGUAUCAUCUUUGAUUCUUGACGGCCUCAAGACACGCGAGAAACAGCAGACCGGCAGGCUUCUAUUCCCAAAUGACCUCCCCCAGCGAGUUGCCGAUGACGUCAUGAGGAUGUCCCUGGACGAGCCCUGCGGGGUGCGGGGUUGUACCCUCUCUCUCAUCUUCGAAGACGGCGAGAUCUGCCAGCGUGUCGGCAGGUUCGCCAUCGACCCGAGUACGGUCACCACCUUUGAGAUCAACUUGGUGUUGACGAAGGAAACUCCCCGUUGGUUAGUCAGCAAGCUACAGACGUAUCUCAGAAACUCUUACGACAGGCCCACCGUCAUCAAAUCCUCUUAUAAACUUAUCAAGAGAAAACUGUACCGGAGGGAGUCCCACAUGUAUGUACGGGAGGACUUGUAGUACCUGAGAUCGCUCAGUGCAGCGUACAUGUAUAACUGAAACUUGGCCAAGGAUAAGCUUCACCAAGAAAGGACUUCAUGUGCAUUACAUACUUUGAAAUCUCGUCUUUGCAGAACCAGAAUCAAACUGUCGGUCGAACUGGAUAACUUUUGCGAGGAUGAUCAGGAUUGUUCUUCAGAAGAAGACUUUUGCGUUUUGUAUUUUUGAUAAAGACAGAGGGCGCCCUUUGGAUGUGUGCCAAGGCCAGUUUCCAUUCUUCAUUGUUUGGUGCUGUUUGUUGGUAGGAAUGCUUCUCAUUUUCAUGGGAGGCGAAUGUUGCAAUAUUUUAUAAAACACAAAAAAUGUCUCACACAGAUUACUGCAGGUUGACUCCUGACGGAUCUGUUCCAUGAUCUUGUUUCCUAUAUUUUGUCAUAAAAUUUAUACCAAGGUUGUGUGUAUCAUUUCAAAUAGAAUAUUUUGGAAAACAGUUAAAUAAUGCACCCUUUGCCAAUUAUGUCAACUCGGUCAAUACAGUUCAGUGUAUGGACUUAAAAAUGUUGUUCAAAUGUUGGUCAAAGUCAGCAAUUUUACACAAUCAUCCACAUUUGAGAUAUUGAAAAGAAUUCAGUUUUUGUCAACGUUUCCUUAUGUAUGUUUGCAAGAAGUCAUGUUUUUGUUUUACUUUUGAAAAAUGCCAUUGUUACAUUGCCAAACAUCAUUUAUCACUGCAUUAGCCCUUCAAAAACAAGGGGAGAUUAGGAGCCAAACUGUUGUUUUCUACCCAUGGUCAGUUACAUUAUCAGGUUUUCAUGUAAACGUUUGUUAUUGAACGCUCAUGCCGCGUUUUGGCAUUCGCUUCAGCCAUUGAUGUUUGAACUAUCGCCACUGCAAUGCAGUUGUAAAGAUAUUUUGUAUUCAUCAAUGAGCUCAAACCCACAGAGAAGAAGUUUAUGAUGUAUAACAAAGUCCAAUAUGUCGUGAAUAAUUACAAGAGUUGCUUUUUCAUGUGACCAUUAUCCAGACCCUUUCUAGAAAGAUCUCCUGUGUUAUGUAAUGUUAGUUAGCCAGGACAUGGCAUUUGCUGGUCAAAUGACAUUCUUCCUGUAGACAAACCCAACAGGAUCCAAGCCAGGAAACCGUGCAAUCAAAUUUAGUACCAUCCAUCAUGUAUUCUUAUAUGGCAGCAUUUGACUAAAACAUUUCAGUUAGUUUAAGUUUUUUUUUUUUUACAAACUUGCACCAUUGUUACAUUUGCAUAAAAAAACUGCAAAUAAUUUUUUGUCAAGUUAACAUAAAAAUAGAAUAAUGAAAAACAUUUGCUUGAGUAGUAAAUUGGUUUUGUUAAUAAGCAGACAGUGAAAUUCCUCUUUUAAAUUUAAAGCAAAACCAAAGAUAGACAUUAUAUUUCUUAAAACUUAAAAUAACAAACCUUGGCCAGUAUCCAUGUGUCAACACUGAAUAAGUUGAACUCUUACCUCAUAUUAUUUAGUCACAUGCUGCCGAUGAGUUUACACAAGUAAAUUUCCAUGAUGUAAUCUCGGUAAAUAAUGUACAAAGAUUAAACAGUGUAAUCAUAGAUACUGAAGUUUGGUUCAACCCUGGUCCCUGCCAAAUCGUCAUGUGACAUGCUGUAAUUGGACAAACAGCAAUGCCUACAAAAAGCAAAAAUUGUGAAUUAAUAAAUUGUAAGUUGUUUCUCUGGUGGCAAAGUUGUUAACCAAAAACUAAAGGCAUGUCCGCUUUUAAUUUAUGAAAGCUAUUCCUUGUUGGGCAUUGGACUUUUCGCAGUGACAAUAUUUGAGAUAUUGUUUCAAUAUUAACGUUGCAAGGUAUUUGCUUAUUCAUAAAUGUUGUAAUUAUUAAAAACAAAUGCAAGAUUUCUGAAAUAACAUUGUGUGCAGGAGGUGCUGGCACUUCCAAAAUGGUUUUUGUAACAAAACAAACAUUGUUGCUAAAACCCGAAAGAAGAAAUAAAACCCAUCCAGCAUAAGGCUGAUAAAAAAGCAAUCAAAAGUAUAUUUUAGUUAAUUUUCAUUUAUGUUACUUGUUAAUGAUAUGAGUUGUUAAAACCGUUUGCAAGUUUUCUCCAAUAACUGUAUGAACUGGCACGUCUGAGCCGCCAAUGAACAAAUCUAAUGUAAUUAUUGUACCACUUUUCCAAUUGGAAAUAUUCUCAUUUUCAGUAAUUUUGAACACCUAGUAAAAAUGUGAUCCCAGUAUUAUUAUUGAGAAGCCAAACCACUGUCUAAGAUUGAGAAGUUUAUAAAUGAGUGAUAAAUAAAAACAAUUUUCACAUCAAUAUAAAAA